AUGGCCACUUCACUGACCGCCAUGGCGGCUCGCAGGGCAGCAAAUCUCGCUCGGCUCACGCCCUCCAGCUCAUCUGCAUCUCGAGCGUCUUCUCUCAUUCCUCGCCGCGGCCUCGCCGGCGCCGCCGAUCUCCAUGGGCCACCAAAGGUUAAUAUCUGGCAAGAUCCAUUGAGUCCAUCGAAGUGGAAGGGAGAGCAUUUUGUGCUCGUCUCUCUAUCUGGAUGGGGUCUGGUGAUCUUUGGAAGCUACAAGUUCUUCACAGGAGGCAAAAAGGAGAAGGGAGAGAAAUUAGUGGAAGCAGCUCAAUAA